GUACCAGAAUAUUGUGUACAGCUCACAGAAACUGAAGUAUUGAACCAGGCCUUCAACUUGCUAUUUGCGUUCGACGAGAUUGUCGCUCUUGGGUACAGAGAAAGCGUCAAUCUAGCGCAGGUCCGUUCGUUUGUUGAAAUGGACUCUCACGAGGAAAAGAUUUAUCAAGCCGUAAGGCAGACCCAAGAACGCGAGGCGGCGAACCGCAUGCGCGAACGCGCUAAGGAAUUGCAGCGCGAGAGAUUGGAGGCGGCCAAACGUGGCCAGCCGCCGCGCUCACAGAUGUCCUUCGGCAGCGGCUUUGGUAGCUCGACGAUGUCCUCGUCGUCUCCAUCUGAAUCUAUUGCCGAGAAGAUUCCAACGACACCGGCCAGAGAUACUCGUACAGUGGGUCGUUCUGCCAUGAAGCUCGGAAGCCGCGGCACGGACGCGGACUCGUUCGUGUCCCGACUCCGCAGCGAGGGUGACGUCACCGCGCCCGUAGCGUCGCCGGCGCAACACGACGCCGGCAAACCCGUGCCCGCCGAUCACAAGGAUGUUCACUUGCGCUUCGAGGAGCGUUUAAACCUGAUCGCCGGCCGCGAUGGUGACAUACAAACUUUUGAACUAUCAGGUUUGCUGACGCUACGCAUUAGCAACGAGCAGUUCGGUCGCAUCCACGUGCACGUCGACAACAAAGACUCGAGACCAUUACAGUUGCAGACCCAUCCGAACGUGGACAAGGAAGCGUUCCGCUCGACCGGCGUGAUUGGGCUGAAGCAGGCUCAACGCCCCUUCCCGAUGCACAGCGACGUCGGAGUCCUCAAGUGGAGGCUGGCCACUACCAACGAUGACAAGCUGGCUCCGCUUUCCGUAAACUGCUGGCCGUCCGAAGGCGUCAACGGAGGAUGUGACGUCAAUAUCGAAUACGAGCUGGAGCAGGAUCACUUGGUGUUGACAGAUGUCAAUAUUACCAUACCGCUUCCUUCUGGCAACACUUCGGUGGUGGUGCACCAGUGGGAGGGUAGCUACACGCAGAAGGGACGCAACCUCAUCUGGAGCAUUCCGCUCGUGAGCAAACAACAGAAAACCGGGAGCCUUGAGUUCACCGUCACUCCGUCUAUACCCAACGACUUCUUCCCGCUCUCCGUGACGUGGACUUCGGAAACGUCACUUGCGUUAUUGACAGCUGUCAAAGUGACGCAAGCGGAAGACGGGUCGCCCGUUGACUUCUCUCAAGAGAUCAGUUUCCACGCCGACAAAUACGAGUUUGUUUAAACAAAUUAUUAGUUGUUUUAUUUUCUUCUUCGUAUAAUGGGAAACAUUAUGUGAAUUUAUUUUUAAUGAUUAAAAAAACCCUGUAUUAUUUGUGUAUCGGUAAUAAAUAUAUAUUGUAAAUUAA